GCCGGGUCGUGGCCACCGCUACCGCGCUGCCGUUCGGGAUCCACAUCCUUAGCCCGCCUCCUGCUGGCCGCGGGAUUAUUUCAUUCCGAGCGGAGGCCGGGGUAGAAAGGGGACUCUGCAGCCCAGCGGGUCGGUGCUCUGGGCAGGGUGUAGAAGAGGUUCGUCUUAGCGACUCGCUGGCUGCGGAAACGACGCAGGAGAUAGUCGGUCCCGGGCUGUGGCCGCGUGGACGCUGGGAUGAGCUGGCCAUGGAGCGGCCUUGGCCGGGAGCUCGCAGCUGGCCGGCGCUGCGGCGGGAGCGCCGACUGAGCCGGGACUCGGCGGGACUUCCGGGCCUCCGGCGCCCAAGGGGGGUCCUUGCCGUCGCCUCCGGGAAGGACGGGAGCCCCGCGUGGCGGACACUGCAGCAGUCACCAUACUGAGGCGGCCCGAGCUUGCUCCGCCCGCAGCUCGGUGCACUCUUGGCACCCGGGCGCCUUGCCUGGUGCACCGCGGCUGGCGCACCACGGCUAGGUAGGCUGCACGGGCGGGGUGCAGGACUGGCUGGAGGGGUGUGUGUGCGGGUAUUCGACUGGAAAUCGGAGAAGCAGCAGAAUCGGGCGGACCUGAGCAGCCAUGCUUCCCGGGGUGGGCGUGUUCGGCACCAGCCUCACGGCCCGUGUCAUCAUCCCACUGCUGAAAGACGAGGGCUUCGCGGUGAAGGCGCUGUGGGGCCGCACGCAGGAAGAAGCAGAGGAGCUGGCCAAGGAGAUGAGCGUCCCCUUUUACACUAGCCGCAUUGACGAGGUGCUUUUGCAUCAGGACGUGGACUUAGUGUGCAUCAACCUGCCGCCGCCCCUAACCAGGCAGAUCGCUGUCAAAACCCUGGGCAUCGGCAAAAACGUCAUCUGCGACCGCACCGCCACGCCGCUGGACGCCUUCCGCAUGAUGUCGGCGGCCCACUACUACCCCAAGCUCAUGAGCAUCAUGGGCAACGUGCUGCGCUUCCUGCCGGCCUUCGUGCGCAUGAAGCAGCUGAUCGAGGAAGGCUACGUGGGCGAGCCGCUGGUGUGCGAGGUGCAGGUGCACAGCGGCAGCCUGCUGGGCAAGAAGUACAACUGGAGCUGCGAUGACCUGAUGGGCGGCGGCGGCCUGCACUCGGUGGGCACCUACAUCAUCGACCUGCUCACCUUCCUCACCGGCCAGAAGGCCGUCAAAGUCCACGGGCUGCUCAAGACCUUCGUCAAGCAGACGGAUCACAUCAAGGGCAUCCGCCAGAUCACCAGCGACGACUUCUGCACCUUCCAGAUGGUGCUGGAGGGCGGGGUGUGCUGCACCGUCACCCUCAACUUCAAUGUGCCCGGCGAGUUCAAGCAGGACGUGACUGUGGUGGGCUCGGCCGGGCGCCUGCUGGCGGUGGGCACCGACCUGUACGGCCAGCGCAACAGCGCCCCGGAGCAGGAGCUGCUGGUGCAGGACUCCACGCCCGUGAGCAACUCCCUGCUGCCCGAGAAGGCCUUCAGCGACAUCCCCUCGCCCUACCUGCGCGGCACCAUCAAGAUGAUGCAGGCGGUGCGCCAGGCCUUCCAGGACCAGGACGACCGGCGCACGUGGGACGGGCGGCCGCUCACCAUGGCCGCCACCUUCGACGACUGCCUGUACGCCCUGUGCGUGGUGGACACCAUCAAGAGGUCCAGCCAGACCGGCGAGUGGCAGAACAUUGCCAUCAUGACAGAAGAGCCGGAGCUGAGCCCCGCCUACCUGAUCAGCGAGGCCAUGCGCCGGAGCAGGAUGUCCCUCUACUGUUAGCGUGGCCUGGGGACCUGCAGGACUUAGGUCUUCCUGGGGGGCCGGGGGCUGACGAAAGCAAAAGACGUAGGGGAGAGGAUGGCCACGGGGGUGGGGAAGGUGGAGGAGCAGUGUGAGUAAAUGGCAUCUGGGAAGACAAAUCAGACUGUUGCUGGGCUGAGCUCAUAGCCCGGGAGUGCUCAGGAGGGCCUGCCUGUUCCCUAGAUCAUCCCUGCUGGGUGUCUGCAUAGAGCCGGAGGAGCUGUAGCUGCCUCUUGUGCCCUUUACUGUGAGAAGCAAGGAGGGGUUGCUUCCCUCGCUACCUCAGCCACCCCAGCACCUUGGCUUUCUUUGCAGGCCAAGUGGUCCUGCAAGGUCAAGGUGCUGUAUCACAUGGCAAGGUCAGUGGGAGCCAGGGCCCUGGACACCCACUACUGGCAGAAGAAGGCAUAUCUUCACAGGUCCACAUAAGCCUGUUGGUCUGGGGAGGGGAUAGGGAGGGCAGAUAAGAAAGUUCAAAUUCCAGGAAGCCAUUUUUUAUUCUGCUUAGAAGUAUCUGAAGGAAAAAGUACUUAGCAGCAAAGUGUAGGACUUUAGAUUGGUUGGUCUUCCUCAUAGGAAGCGCUGAGGGUGUGCCUUCUUGCUUGGUCCAGUGCUUCCCUAGAAGGGAUGGGGAGGUCAGGAAUAGAGCAGAAAGCAGGGCUGCCCGGGAGCCAUGGGCAGAGAGCACCUGCAGCAUGGUAACAGAUGAGGCAGAGAAUAAAACAUCCCUUUGAGCUUGUCAACAACUUAAAAACUGCAAGGAAUCACCUUAGAACACUGUUUCUGGUGACAGGGGAGUUGAGUGUAAAGGGAUUCUUUAUUGAAGUGUUGGGGUGGCCCUGUCAUGUGGCUGUCCAGGCAGCACCAAAAAAACAGCACAAAGUAUGAGUUUGACCAUAAGCUCAAAUGCUGCCCACAAGGACUGGGGACAGCUGUGUGCCUAAGUGUUGCAAUGUGAAUUCUCAAGCAGAAGGGAAAGUGAGCCUGGUCUGGGAGGUGUUUGGGGCCUCAACACCCAUUGCUCCUACCAAGCUGGACCAGGGCUUUGAGGAGAUUCACCCAGCUUUGUGGAUUUAAAAGGGAAGCUUUUAGUUCCACUCAGAAUACUGCCCCCCUUUUUGAGACAGAAUCUCAGUAUGUCACCCUCAGUAGAGUG